GCAGACGCAGCGCAGACGGCAAUCACGUCCUUCUUACAAAAUGUCGCUGUCCAGACAGACAUGCUUGUGGGAUACCACAAACGCCACUCAAAAGUCAAAGCCCCAGAGGAUUGACAUCUGCCUCAACCACAGCAACCCAAAGUCUCAGGUGCAAUGCCGGACAUUGACAAGAACCGCGCUACCGACAUGGACGACAAGAAGGCGGUUGAGGGGCCCGAGGCCACGUACCUGCAGGACAACACGGGCAGCGACAAUGAGGCUGCCAUCCCCAAGGGAGAGAUUGAUCCUGUGUACGAGGCAAAGGCCAGGGUCCUGAACCGAGCUAUCCAGGACAUCGGCAUGGGAUGGUACCAAUGGCAGCUCUUCAUCGUGGUAGGCUUCGGUUGGGCAUCGGACAACCUGUGGCCUAUCGUCACUUCACUCAUCCUCACGCCAGUCUCGAACGAGUUCAGCGCAUCUCGACCGCCCCUGCUCAGUCUCUCACAGAACAUCGGGCUUCUUGCUGGAGCCAUCUUCUGGGGCUUCGGAUGCGACGUCUUCGGGCGCAAGAUCGGGUUCAACGCCACCCUCGGCGCUGCGGCUGUCUGGGGCAUGAUCGGGGCCGCCUCCCCAAACUUUGCCGCCAUCGGCGUCUUCGCCGCCUUGUGGAGCUUCGGCGUCGGCGGCAACCUGCCCGUCGACAGCGCCAUCUUUCUGGAGUUCCUUCCCGCGAGCCACCAGUACCUCCUUACCGUUCUCAGCAUCGACUGGGCCAUCGCCCAGGUGGUGGCCACCCUCAUCGCCUGGCCCUUGCUUGGUAACCUGACAUGCCAACAGGAUGACGUCUGCACCCGCGCCAAGAACAUGGGAUGGCGUUAUUUCGUUAUUACAAUGGGGGCUAUUACCUUGAUCAUGUUCGCAAUCAGGUUCGUCUGCUUUACAAUCUUCGAAAGCCCCAAGUAUCUCAUGGGAAAGGGGCUCGACGAGGAAGCUGUUCGGAUCGUGCACGAGGUGGCCCGGCGAAACGGGCGCUCGGAAGCAUGCACCUUGACCAUCCAUGACCUGAAGGCCUGCGAGCCUCAGGGCUACGUGCCCCAGACCAGCGCCUCGACCGCGGUCAAACGACGCCUGGAAAAUGUCAGCCUGAGCCGAGUCAGGCCGCUCUUCGGAACGCGAAAGAUGGCGCUUUCCACGGGCAUAAUAAUGGCGGUCUGGGCCUUCGUCGGCCUGGGCUAUCCCCUCUACAACGCUUUCCUGCCCUAUAUACAGGCAACGAGGGGCGUGGACUUUGGUGACGGCUCAACGUAUAUCACAUACCGCAACAGCCUUAUCAUAGCGGUGUUGGGGGUCCCGGGUGCCCUGCUAGGCGGUCUGCUAGUGGAGUUGCCCAAGUUCGGCCGGAAAGGCGCGCUCAGCCUGAGCACAGUCCUCACGGGUGUGUUUUUAUAUGGGAGCACCACGGCUCUGAGCUCCAACACUCUUCUCGCCUGGAACUGUGUCUGGAACUUCGCGAGCAACAUAAUGUAUGCCGUUCUAUAUGGUUUCACUCCGGAGCUCUUCCCGACACCUCAGAGGGGCACAGGAAAUGCCUUGACUGCUACCAGCAACCGCAUCUUUGGUAUCAUGGCGCCGAUUAUCGCAAUGUUUGCCAAUUUAGACACUGCCGCACCGGUGUAUACGUCGGGCGCAUUGUUUAUAUCAGCGGGUCUGUUAGUUCUGCUACUGCCUUUUGAGUCCAGGGGCAAGGCAGCACUAUGAGCUGGAGGCGGUCUGGAUGAGGAAGAGAAUCGUGAAUAUUUGGCUCAUGUCACCUGGUACAUGUACCAUAUUACCCGGC